GCGCAGAGUAUCACGGCUUCAAGUUCUAUAAAAUCCAUUGUUUACCCACCCCAUUUUACCAUUUCUCUCUCUUCCUCUCCCUCACUAGGUUCUUACAGAAACCACAAAAAAGAAAAAGAAAAUGGGAGUUGAUUUAGCCAAAACUCUUGUGCUAGUGCAGCUUUCACUACUAUGUUUCACUGUUUUUGGUGAUAAAGAGAUAGAGGCAGCGUCCCCUGUUCCACCACGCUAUCAUGUCUCCUCCCCGGCAGUUUCACCAAGCCACCCGCCUACUCACCCUCAUCACCACCACCACCACCAUGCCAGCUCACCAAAUCUUGCACCGUCUCACCACCACCACUACCAUGGUCACCCACCCACUGAUGCCCCAGUUUACCCUCCCCUCCACUCUCCAGCCCAUGCACCAGUCCACCCACCACUGCCACACUCACACCCUCCUGUUCAGCCUUCCGUGCCCUCUCCGCCGAAAAAACAACCAAAACACCCACAACCACCUGUUAAACCACCGGCCCAACCACCAAAACACCCACAACCACCGGUUAAACCACCAUCUCCGUCACCAGGCUACCACUUCCCGAGGAGCUUUGUAGCAGUGCAAGGUGUGGUUUAUUGCAAGUCAUGCAAGUACCCUGGAGUUAAUACCCUCUUGGGAGCUUCACCACUUACAGGUGCUACAGUAAAACUACAAUGCAAUAAUACCAAGUACCCACUAGAAGCCAAGGCCACAACGGACAAGAACGGCUACUUCUUCCUCCAAGCAUCCAAGAAAAUCACCAACUACGGGGCCCACAAGUGCAAAGUGUCACUGGUCUCUGCACCAAACACUGCAUGCAGCAAACCAACUGAUCUCCACGGUGGCGUUAGUGGCGGAAGCUUGAGGCCUGAGAAGAAAUACGUUUCAAAUAAGCUUCCUUUUGUUCUCUAUACUGUUGGUCCUUUUGCCUUCGAGCCCAAGUGCCCACGUUAACUCUUGUCUGCGUGUCACCAGUUUAUUACCGCUUCUUUGCCCGUCUUUUUAUUUAGAUAUAAUAUAGUUUGAGAUUUCCCUGUGUGAUUCAGUAAUGGGAGUUUGAUCAGUGUAUUACCAUUAGUGAUCAGUGUGAUGUUUGUCUAUGGGAAUAAAUGAAAUUGUUAUCCGUAGAUUGCUAAGAAA